AUCUGGUUAAGAAGAAUGCAGGAUCCCACAGGUGUUUCUCUUUUGGGAUUGGAGAAGGAGCCAGCUCUGCUCUUAUCAAUGGGUUGGCCAAGGAGGGAGGAGGUCAUGCUCAGUUCAUCACAGGGACUGACAGGAUGCAGCCAAAAGUGAUGCAGUCGCUGCGGUUUGCACUGCAGCCAGCUGUGGAGGACAUCUCAGUAACAUGGGAUUUACCAAAGGGAGUGUCAGCCACUGUCCUCUCUCCACCAAUCACAGCAAUUUUCCAGGGGCAGAGGUCACUGAUUUAUGCCCAGCUCACUGGACAGUGUUUAGAGGCAGCAGAGGGCUGUGUGAUGGUGAAGUACAGCCUCGCAGGUCAUCCCUCUCAGAACCAGCUGCACUUCCAUCUCAAACCAGCAGAGGACACUGGGUAAAGCAAUGAGAUGAUUUUGGUUCUACGUUGGGCAU